UACAACUUUCGCGCGACCGAGAAGUGGAGUUUUCGCGGGGGAGUUUGUCGUGCACGGAGGACCGCGCGAAAAUGCCGCCGAAGAAGCGGGAGAAAGAUUUGGACGGACAGAAGGGAUCUCGUGGGGAUAAUACUGAUCACGAGCUGUUUCUACAAGCCUUUGAAAAACCAACGCAGAUUUACCGAUUUCUUCGCACAAGAAACCAAAUUUCGCCAGUAUUUCUGUACAGAAACUUAACGUAUAUGCGGCAACGUAUGUCUAGAAGUCACAAGUCACGGCGAGGAUUUAAGGUCGAUACAAUAUUGGAUAAACUAAUAGCGAAAAAGAAGCAAGAACAGAAUCUCGGCAUUCGCGGAUACAUGACCCUCACGUUCUUAGGAUUCUACGACAAAAGAGUCGAGAUGUCGCAGGACCCUGUUAAAGUUGAGACGUUGUUACUGAAAAUCUGUCACAAGAAAAGAAAGGACGUCAGUUCGCCCAUCAUGCAAGUUUCAGUCGGCACAAGCGAAGUUCCAAUUAAUCCUUCGGAAAGUCAGCCUCCGCCAAAGGCACCCACGAUUUCCAUACCCAAUGAAUCUUUUAGCUUAAACAACGGUCACGUAGCAAAAACGUACAUGCUUUUGCUCAGGGUUUACUGCAUGUCUAACAACGGCUGCCUUAUAACUAACUGUGAUUUGGAAGAACCAGCUCAAAAACGUCGUAAAUCGUCCACGGGGUCGAUGAAAGUGGGUGGCGACGAAGUGAAACAGUAUGGUUCGGAGCUUACGGUGUACGAUAAGCACAAUCGGUGUCUGUUAACAGACGGCGAGUAUGAAUUAGGUUUGCAGGAAGUACAGACAAAUAUUAGAGCUAGCCCUAAGAAACACAGUUCUUGGGAAACGGUGGCCGACAUCAAGGACUGCGAACCGUUCGAAAUGUUCAGGCAAGGGCCAACGUUGAAGUUUCGGCUGAGCUGGACAACGGAGCCGAGCAACGGUCUAGUGGACAGACCAACGCCGAUACCUGCGAUACCGAGCGGUGACAAUAAAGAGAACCGAUCGGCCAACGCUGGUUUCGAGCGUUCCUCUUCCGUAAAUCACAAUAAUAAUAGCACAAACAAUAACAAUAACGCGACACUGCCAACGCCUAGUCCGCUGACACCCUCGUCGAGAAUGAGCGUCUCCAACGAGAGGGUGGACGCCAACGCUAACGCUAAUGCUAACUCUGCUAACGGAACACAGCAGAUAGUAUAUCAAUUUUUGUACAACAAUAACAGUCGGCAGCAGACGGAGGCCUGCGAAGACCUACACUGCCCCUGGUGUUCGUUGGACUGCGGCAAACUGUACUCGCUUCUAAAACACUUGAAGCUGUGUCACUCGCGAUUUACAUUUACAUACGUGCCAAUUCCACAAGGUGCCCGAAUAGACGUAGCAAUAAACGAAUGCUAUGAUGGUUCGUAUGCAGGUAGUCCUCAUGAAUUAAUUUCGCAACCGUCUAGUGUACCUUUUUCAAGGACAGGACCAACCAGACGCACGAGCGUGACGAAUAUUUUGGUAUGCCGUCCGAAGAGAACGAAGCCGAGUUUGUCCGAGUUUCUGGAACUCGACGAGAACGAGUUCGAGAGCCAGAGACCCUACAUCACCGGCCACAAUAGACUGUAUCAUCACACCGUGACCUGCCUGCCUAUUUACCCCAAAGAGAUGGACAUCGAUUCCGAGGGCGAGAAUGACCCAAAGUGGUUGCAGACAAAGACGAUGAUGAUGAUCGACGAUUUCACGGACGUCAACGAGGGCGAGAAAGAAUUGAUGAAGAUGUGGAACCUGCACAUAAUGAAGUACGGAUACGUGGGAGACUGCCAGACACCACUAGCUUGCCAAAUGUUCUUAGAGACUAAGGGAAAGGAGUUGCUCAUGAAGAAUCUAUAUCGCAACUUCGUGCUGCACAUGUGCAGCCUGUUCGACUUCGGUCUGAUCAGUCCGGUGAUACUGUAUCAGACUAUACAGAAGCUGCAGGAGAUCAUGAAGGAGGAUGGCGAGGACGGGGACGUGCGUAAAGUACUGCAGAAGUCGCACGAGGCCCAGGUCGAGCAGUGGAGGGCCACGGGCGCUCAGGCGCAUUUGACGCAGCACGAUGUGUUCAAGGCCGGUACGACGGGCAGCGUCAAGAUCAAUUUCGGCAACGAUGGCUCCUCGAGCUCGACGAAUGCCAGGCGGAAGACGACGACUGCCUCUUUGCCGCUGGGCUCGCCCAGCUCGCAAAACGCCAAGAGCAUAAUGCACAGCAACGUCAGCGCGUAAGCACACCAGCCCGGCGACGUGCGUCGUCGUCCUCGUCGAGCAACAAGACUGUUACUCACAAUAGUUCGAUGAAGAGUCGCUGCCGAGCGAGACGAUCCCGCCGAUCGAUUGUCCAAUCGAUGUACCUUAAUCGGAGCGAGAGUUCAUCGUUGUCGAACGAAUGGUCGAACGAUCUGCCGGCCAGGUGCUAAAGUACAAACUUUAUAGUGCAAGUGACGACGAACGGUGCGACUGGUACAUCCGCUGAUUCAGCCGGUCGAGGUUGUCGCGACCCGGCGUAACUGCGAGUAUCACCGCUGGCGAAAAUCGGUCCUGGACGCGGUACCGGCAGUGACGACAUCGUUGCCACCGCUAGCCAGAAACCGUCCCCGAACGGAGAUAGCUCCCAGUUGCUACCGAUGAUAGGUUUCGCGCGUUUCUAAUGCGAAUUGUACUUUUUCUCUUCUUUUGUACAGUAUUUGUUGCAAAUAAUAUAACAAUGCAAUUGAAAAAUUAUUACAUUAAAUCGGAUAAUUAUUGUUUUAAUUAUUACUUUCGAGAGUUGAUUUGAAGUUUACGUAGAUAAAUCGAGAUUAGAGAUAACGGAAGCGAAGAGACGAAUACCGGACGAACGAUUUGACCCCUAAAUCCAUCUUGACAAGAUCAAGUAUCAUGCGAUUCUUUUCAUAUCUAUUUUUCUCUUAUUAUUUGUGUCUAGUCAAUGACCUUUUAUAAUUCCAUUUCUUUCGAAGAGUCUACGUUUAACGUAGCGUUCUCUCAACGAGCACAAACUCUGAUAUCUCUUUAAAACUCGUGCGGUAUAUCGCCACUCCAGAAGUAACGCAAAAUCAUUUCAUCGCAAUUGCAUGUUAUACAGAGAGGGGAACAAGGCACGCCUCGGGAUUUCAAAAUUUACUUCUGGAGAUUUUUUUCGGCGCAAGCGAAAAAAUGAAGGAACGAAAUGACAACAGAAAGAUUUCCUAGUUACGCGUUCUGCUUGCGAGAUUAAGUAACUCGAGAAUACAUCGUGUUUUUGUACACUCCCGAUAGAUUUAUUCUUUUUAUACAGCGAAGAACACGUACUUUAUGAUACAUCAUAGGCAUCUUUUAUUGUCCUGCAGUUGAUGGUUCUCGGGAGUAAGGUGAACGCUGAAUGUAACCGUUUGCAAUUUCCGAGAUUUCACAUACACAUGUAUGUAUGUGUGUAUGUAUGUAUGUAUGUAUGUAUGUAUGUAUACAAGUUCAGUCUAAAUGCGAGGCUGUAAAUUAUACUUUACAUUUUUUACAUCGAGAGAAAGAGAGAGAGAGAGAGCGAGCGAGAGAGCAAGAAAGACAGACGGAGGCGGAUCGAUAGAGUGAAAGUGCCUUUUACCAAACCAAGCGCAGGUCUGAAUCCGCAGAACGACGGUCAACAAUUUAGGAAAAAUCGAAUGCUAUCCGUUGUUACGAAAAUUCGCGUACUCUUGUCAAAUUAGUUUAAUUAUCUACUACUUAAGUAUCUAGCGAAAUUAAUUAUUUGCUACCUAAGCACUUGUGCCGAUCGUCGUUCCUUCGCGCGCACGAUUCCGCGGUUCAGACCUCUAGUAUAUCGUAUUAGAACUGUUACGGGGACUCGCGUGUAACAUAUACAACUUCUACUGCCAUAGUCGUUCGAAGAAGCGCUUACAUUCCUUUAUACAUACCGACUUCUUUAUAUAUAUACAUAUAUAUAUCGUAGAUAAAUAAGAACAUUUUUUAACCCUACGAGAAAAAAAACCCGUGCCGUCAAUUGCGCCGCGGUAAUUUAAGUUUCACGGAAUUAUCGUUCUCUUCGAGCGGCUUCACGUUCACUGUCCAAUAAUAUUAUCUAUAGGUUGUAAAUAGGAUGAUACAAAUGACGAAAUAAAUUACGUGGACAUGA